UUCAGCACAUGCUUCCAUCACGUGGGAAGAUUCUAAGCGGAAACGGAAGUGAGAGCUUCUAUGGAGUCCCUCGUUUGUUGUGGUUAUUUUUAGAACUCUACUUGGGGCGGGUCAGGGAGACGGAAGUCUUGGCCAUUUCCUCCCAUGUCCCGGAAGCUGCAGCGUUGUGGCUGCCGGCCCUGGAGAGUCAGGAACAGACGCUGGGAGCCAUGUCGUGAGGGUCGCUGAGCUGCGUUGACGCCGCUCAGAAAAGGCCCUGCCAAGCAGGGUGGCCGUGGUUCUGCUUCCUAUAUGGGCCAUAUUCUUUCGCGGAAAGGAACCAAUCCGAAAGCGGAGAAAAAUCACCUCCGCGCCCCCCUGAGGGGAAAGGUCCCUCCGUCGCCACGGACCCGGACCUGCUUCCUGCGUGGGCCCUGCAUGCUGUGUUUUCUCGUCCACAGUGCCAGUCCACCCGCCGCGAAGGAGCAGCCGUCGGCCUCACUCCUGUGCACGGCUGUGAAGCCCCCCGAGAACCGCAACGCUCGCCGUCUCCUGCGCUGGCCCCCCGUGGCCGUCUGGGAAGAGCGGGGUCGCUGCUGCCGCCGCUUGCUCUUCUCCAGCCUGCUCUUUUCGCCGCCGCCGUCGUCAGCGCGCCGGGGCUUCUUCGGGUCUGGGCUGGAGAGCAGCGAGGCUCCCGCGGAGAUGGUGUGCAAACGCAAAGGAAUCGGGCUACGCGCCUGCCCGCCGAGGAAACAGCCCCGUUGCGCCACCCUCAGGGGAAAUGCGGCGGGGGCCGAGGCCCCUUCGCCGCCGCCCGAGACCGCCGGAUGCCAACAGGUCCUCUUGCCCGAGCAGCACCUCUGUCCCCUGCCCCGCGCCGUAGACUGUGCCAGGGAAGGUUCGCCUAAAGACUCUGCCGGGGAGGAUGGGAAGGGGCUAAUCCCAACGGGCUCUUCCUCGCAACUGCCGGAGCUCGAUGGGAGAGAGAAGCACGAGCCCCGCGAACCGUACUGUGAGGAGCCCCCCGAAAACCCGGGGGACUGUUGCCAAGACUCGCAACCUCCAGUGCCGGAUAUUAACCAGCUGCCUCCCUCCAUCCUUCUCAAGAUAUUUUCCAAUUUAUCUUUGAAUGAGCGAUGUCUUUCAGCAUCAUUGGUUUGUAAAUACUGGCGUGACCUCUGUUUAGAUUUCCAGUUUUGGAAACAAUUGGAUCUCAGUAGUCGUCAGCAGGUCACUGAUGAAUUAUUGGAAAGAAUUGCAUCACGAAGCCAGAAUAUAACUGAAAUCAACAUUUCUGAUUGUCGUAAUGUAACAGAUACUGGUGUAUGUAUACUAGCAUCUAAGUGUCCUGGACUUCUAAAAUAUACUGCCUAUAGGUGUAAACAGCUGUCUGAUGCAUCUCUAACUGCAGUUGCCUCACAGUGUCCUCAACUUCAGAAAGUUCAUGUUGGCAACCAAGAUCGUCUUACUGAUGAAGGACUUAAGCAGUUGGGCUCAGAGUGCAGAGAAUUGAAAGACAUUCAUUUUGGGCAGUGUUACAAGAUCUCAGAUGAAGGAAUGACCAUUAUAGCUAAAGGAUGCCUGAAGUUACGGAGAAUAUACAUGCAAGAAAACAAGUUAGUAAGUAUUGUCUGCUAUACCUUUAAAUGGAAAUUGUCCAUACAUGCUUUCAAUGCCCUCCACCCCAAACCUACACAAGGAUUUAUAAGUUAUGUUAGCUUGAUUCCCAAUAGGUAAUUUGGCUAGAAGAUUCUGAAGAUAUCAGUUGACUGUGUC